AUGACUCAGGUGGUGCAGCACUUUGAGUACCUAUUGCUAGCAUUGUUAGAGUAUUGGAACGAACCCCGGCACACGUUGAGUGCAGCCGCUUGCCUGUUACGCAACGCUCUGGGGGUUCCCUAUCUGCCCUCUACGUUGGUAGAGGAGGCUCUGAAAAGGGCUUUAGAACGUACUAAUGCUGCUUACGCCCACACCAAGGAGAGGGUGAAGACAUCUCUGUCGGAGGGUGCUCUGAGACCCAGCGACCUCCUGGCUCAGUUCAAGCAGAUCGGACCCCAGACCAGGAGGCACAUCAGCGCAGCUGAGCUGCUGGACAAUACAGUGGAACUGAUCAGGAGAUGGUCUACACCACAGGCUAAAAGCUGUUCCCCAACAGACCUGUUGAGUGAGGAGGACAUGAAGGUUCUCCUGCAGGCUAAAAGCUGUUCCCCAACAGACCUGUUGAGUGAGGAGGACAUGAAGGUUCUCCUGCAGGCUAAAAGCUCUUCCCCAACAGACCUGUUGAGUGAGGAGGACAUGAAGGUUCUCCUGCAGGCUAGAAGCUGUUCCCCAACAGACCUGUUCAGUGAGGAGGACAUGAAGGUUCUCCUGCAGGCUAUACAACGACAGCACCCUAAGUGGGGUGCGGCCAACACCCCAUACUCCCGCUGGCUCCCCCCAGAGUACGAGGACAUCAGAGGGGUCCCUAGGGGCUGGGACCCUGAACACACCUACUAUAACUACACCUUGCCCCCGGUGCGCCUCAUAUCCCAGACCGUUCUCUACACCCACAAUGAGAACAUCUCUCUGGACUCAUCUCUGUCCCACCUGCUGGUGGAGUGGGGUCAGUGGAUCGACCAUGACUUCGCUCUGACCCCUCAGAGUCCCAGCACAGCUGCCUUCAGGACUGGGGCCGACUGUACCCGCACAUGCAGCCGGGACACUCCCUGCUUCCCUAUACAGACCAACAUGGACAAGGUGCAGGGCUGUGGGCCAGAAGGUUGUGGGUUCGCAGACCACCAUGGACAAGGUGCAGGGCUGUGGGCCAGAAGGUUGUGGGUUCUCAGACCACCAUGGACAAGGUGCAGGGCUGUGGGCCAGAAGGUUGUGGGUUCGCAGACCACCAUGGACAAGGUGCAGGGCUGUGGGCCAGAAGGUUGUGGGUUCGCAGACCACCAUGGACAAGGUGCAGGGCUGUGGGCCAGAAGGUUGUGGGUUCGCAGACCACCAUGGACAAGGUGCAGGGCUGUGGGCCAGAAGGUUGUGGGUUUGCAGACCACCAUGGUCAAGGUGCAGAGCUGUGGGCCAGAAGGUUGUGGGUUCACAGACCACCAUGGACAAGGGACAGGGCUGUGGGCCAGAAGGUUGUGGGUUCGCAGACCACCAUGGACAAGGUGCAGGGCUGUGGGCCAGAAGGUUGUGGGUUCGCAGACCACCAUGGACAAGGUGCAGGGCUGUGGGCCCGAAGGUUGUGGGUUCUCAGACCACCAUGGACAAGGUGCAGGGCUGUGGGCCAGAAGGUUGUGGGUUCGCAGACCACCAUGGACAAGGUGCAGGGCUGUGGGCCAGAAGGUUGUGGGUUCGCAGACCACCAUGGACAAGGUGCAGGGCUGUGGGCCAGAAGGUUGUGGGUUCGCAGACCAUAAUGGACAAGGUGCAGGGCUGUGGGCCAGAAGGUUGUGGGUUCGCAGACCACCAUGGACAAGAUGUGAAAUGCACACACACUUCCGCUCUCCCCAGAUCCCGCUGUCAGACCCUUGUACUGGUAUACAGAGCUGCAUGCCUUUCUUCCCCUCUCCCCAGAUCCCGCUGUCAGACCCUCGUACUGGUAUACAGAGCUGCAUGCCUUUCUUCCCCUCUCCCCAGAUCCCGCUGUCAGACCCUCGUACUGGUAUACAGAGCUGCAUGCCUUCCUUCCCCUCUCACCAGAUCCCGCUGUCAGACCCUUGUACUGGUAUACAGAGCUGCAUGCCUUUCUUCCCCUCUCCCCAGAUCCCGCUGUCAGACCCUCGUACUGGUAUACAGAGCUGCAUGCCUUUCUUCCCCUCUCCCCAGAUCCCGCUGUCAGACCCUCGUACUGGUAUACAGAGCUGCAUGCCUUUCUUCCCCUCUCCCCAGAUCCCGCUGUCAGACCCUCGUACUGGUAUACAGAGCUGCAUGCCUUCCUUCCCCUCUCACCAGAUCCCGCUGUCAGACCCUUGUACUGGUAUACAGAGCUGCAUGCCUUUCUUCCCCUCUCCCCAGAUCCCGCUGUCAGACCCUCGUACUGGUAUACAGAGCUGCAUGCCUUUCUUCCCCUCUCCCCAGAUCCCGCUGUCAGACCCUCGUACUGGUAUACAGAGCUGCAUGCCUUUCUUCCCCUCUCCCCAGAUCCCGCUGUCAGACCCUCGUACUGGUAUACAGAGCUGCAUGCCUUUCUUCCCCUCUCCCCAGAUCCCGCUGUCAGACCCUCGUACUGGUAUACAGAGCUGCAUGCCUUUCUUCCCCUCUCCCCAGAUCCCGCUGUCAGACCCUCGUACUGGUAUACAGAGCUGCAUGCCUUUCUUCCCCUCUCCCCAGAUCCCGCUGUCAGACCCUCGUACUGGUAUACAGAGCUGCAUGCCUUUCUUCCGUUCGGCGCCCAGCUGUGUCAGGAGCGAAGCCUUCACCGGGGCCACACCCCACCAUCACCGGGAGCAACUGAACGCCAUCACCUCAUUCGUGGACGCCAGUAUGGUGUACGGUAGCUCCUCCCCCAUGGCUGCGGCCCUGAGGAACCACUCCUCUCCACUGGGUGUUCUGGCCCUCAAUGACCAGGGACGCCUGGAUCCCUGUGGGCCACGAAGAGGGUCUGAGGCCAACUCCACCGGUGCCACAAGUGCCUCUGACACAUCUGCUACUGCACCAACAGAACAGGAGAAUAUUACUUCCUGUUUCCAAGCAGGUGACUCACGGGCCAAUGAGCACCUGGGGAUGAUAGCACUCCACACGUUGUUCCUGAGGGAACACAACAGGCUGGUCAGCGAGUUGCACCUCCUCAACCCUCACUGGAGCCCAGACACCUUGUACCAGGAGGCCAGGAAGAUCAUGGGGGCUGUCCACCAGAUACUGACCUGGGAGCACUACUUGCCCAGGGUCCUGGGUGAGACCCCCACCUCCCUCCUGAUGCCUCCGUACAAGGGCUACGACCCUGAGAUUGACCCCAGCAUCGCUAACGUCUUCUCAGCCGCCGCCUUCCGCUUUGCCCACGUCACCGUGCAGCCGAUGGUGGCCCGCCUGGGCCCCGGGUACAGCCUCGCCCCACAGCACCCACCUCUGCCCCUACACCACUCCCUCUUCGCAUCCUGGAGGGUCGUACAGGAGGGUGGUAUAGACCCAGUGCUGCGUGGCCUCCUCCUUUCCCCAGCCAAACUCCAGAUGCCAGGCCAGAUGAUGGUUGAGGAACUAACUGAGAGACUGUUCCAGGCCCAGGGUGGCAUGCCACUAGACCUGGGUGCCCUCAACCUGCAGCGGGGUCGAGACCACGGCCUGCCUGGUUACAGCUCGUGGCGUGGGCUCUGUGGCCUCUCUGUUCCCAACACCACCUCUGACCUUGCAGGUAUCCUGGGUAACCCUGGUCUGGCUGAGAAGUUCCUGUUGUUGUACGGGACGUCCCAGAACAUCGACGUAUGGGUGGGGGCCAUCUCAGAGCCUCCUCUACCUGGGGGCCGGGUGGGACCCCUCCUGGCCUGUCUACUGGCCAAGCAGUUCAGAGCACUGAGAGACGGAGACAGGUUCUGGUGGGAGAGAGAGGCUGUGUUCACCAGCACCCAGAGAGCUCAGCUUCACACCGUGUCCUUGUCACGUAUCAUCUGUGACAACACACACAUUACACGUGUUCCCUCCGACCCAUUCAGCCGUACGGUCAGCCCAGAAGACAUGCUGGCCUGCAGCCACCCCCUCAUCCCUCACCUUAACCUCUCUGCCUGGAAGGAGCCUGACACAGAUCCCAGUUGUGGUCCAAUCCCCAGGUUACAGUCAGGCUUCUCUCUGCUCUGUGACUCCGUUAUCUACUACCAGUGUGGUCCAGGCUAUCAGCUGAUUGGUCCAUCCUCUGUGACCUGUGACCCAAACAGCUAUCAAUGGAGUCCUGCUCCCCCAAUCUGCCACGAUGUCGAUGAGUGUGCCGAUCAGCCAACCCCGUGCCCCCAAAACACGGACUGCCUCAACACACCCGGGUCAUACAUGUGCACAGACCUGGACCUGUCCUCCCCGUCUACAGUCUCUGUAAUCUCUGCAGUAAUAGCUGUGGUUGGUGGUGUGGCCAUCUUGUUUGUGAUACUGACCUGUUGUAGAAGGUAUUUUCCAAAGAAGCCAGAAUCGAUAAACGGAACCGAUAAACAGAACCGAUAAACAGCGGUUGUUGUUGUAAGAGGGACGGAUAACCAAGAGACACCUCUGGAAAUGUAGUCCUUAACAUAUUUUAUUACAUUUUAGUAUUUUGUUUUAAAAAAUGUGACACAUAUCCUAAAAGUAUACACUUGAAUGUGUUGAUAUAAAAACGUAACUUCACAUUAUUUGUUAGAUAAUAACCUGAAAAUAAGAAAUAACUGUAUUGUAACCCUGUUUUAGACCACAGUCACAUUAUAUAUAUAUAUAUAUAUAAAACCUCAAAAGGUCUGACUCAAAGUGCACAAAGUACUUCGCCGUACAGUAUUUGGACAGUGACCAUUUUGUUGUUGUUGUUGUUGUUCUGUUAAGUGACAAAAAAUGACGCAUUAUUUACAUUACAUUAUUUAUCAUUUUAAUUUCAAUUGGCCACAAAAAAAAAAAUCUGAAACACAACCAAAACAAACAGCAACAAGUUUAAAUUACAAGCUUGUCGUAGUUAUUGUGUGAUAGAAAUAUGAUACUAAACUUUUCACUACUUUAAUACACAUAAGUGAAUUUGCCUAAAAGUUCAAAUGUACAAAAAGUGCUGUAAUUUCUAAACGGUUGACCUGAAAAUACCCUCGAAUUAAAGCUGGCAGUCGGCACUGAAAUCUAAAGUGCUGGAGUACAGAGCCAAAACAAAACAACGUGUCACUGUACAAAUACUUGAAUAUCAGCGUGUUUGUCUGUUCUAGUCCACAUGUUUGAAGCUCAUAAACCUGAACAAGCUAACAGCAUUAAAGGCUGUUACAGAUGAUUUUUUUGUAAUAUAUAUGUUUUGUCAUCACAUACCCCGGAUAGGUUCAGUGAAAUGUGUUGUUUUACAGCGUCAGCCGUAGUAGUACGGCGCCCCUGGAGCAAAUUAGGGUUUAAGUGCCUUGCUCAAGGGCACGUCGACAGAUUUUUCACCUUGUCGGUUCAGGUAUUUAAACCAGAUAAUAUUCGGGAAGAAACACUUGUCCGGAACACGUGUGCAUUUCGCUACACUCGCAUUAAC